CAGAUUAUCAAAUAACUCUCCCCGACUGCAAUGAGCGCUUCUCUUGCUCAGAACUUGUGAAACCCACAGUCCACAGACUCUCCUCCCGAUAGAGAGAGAUGUGGGUAUUCUUCCUGAUAUCGCUGCCUCUGACGAUGGGUAUGGUGGCCAUGACGCUUCGUUAUUUCGCGGGCCCCGACGUCCCUCGCUACGUCAUCUUCACCGUCGGAUACACCUGGUUCAGCUCUCUCUCCAUCAUCAUCCUUGUCCCUGCCGACAUCUGGACCACAAUAAUUGGUCAUGAAGACGGAGGCAUUUCUUUCUUUUGGAGCUGGUCCUAUUGGAGUACUUUUGCGCUUACUUGGCUUGUGGUGCCCACCAUUCAGGGUUACGAAGAUGCUGGUGAUUUCACAAUGACAGAACGAUUGAAGGCUAGUAUACGGGAGAACUUAGUCUUCUAUCUGAGCAUGGGAGCUAUUGGCCUGUUUGGGCUGGUUCUCUUCAUUAUCAUGCACAGAAAAUGGAGUGGAGGUGUCGUGGGCUUAGCCAUGGCUUGCUCGAAUACUUUUGGGCUUGUUACAGGUGCAUUUCUUCUUGGCUUUGGUUUGAGCGAAAUACCAAAGAGCAUCUGGAGAAACGCGGAUUGGACAAAUCGACAAAAAGUUCUUUCUCAUAGGGUUGCUAAAACGGCUGUGAAACUUGAUGAUGCCCAUCAAGAAUUUUCAAAUGCAAUCGUAGUUGCUCAAGCAACGUCCAAUCAAAUGCCCAAGCGUGAUCCUUUGAGACCCUACAUGGAUGUUAUUGACAACAUGUUGCUUCAGAUGUUCAAAGAGGACCCAUCUUUCAAACCAUUAGGGGGCAGAUUGGGACACAAUGAUAUGGACUAUGAUACUGAUGAAAAAUCAAUGGCUACACUUAGACGUCAACUUCGUAGAGCUCGAGAGGAGUACUAUAGGUACAAAAGUCAAUAUAUGACAAAUGUAUUGGAGGCCCUUGAACUGGAAGACACCGUUAAAAAUUUCGAGCGCCGAAGUUUAACAGGAUGGAAAUUUGUUUCAAGUUUCAGAGCUAGUCGAACGAGUGCAUUGGGACCUUUUCUUGAUACGAUGGAGUUGGUCUGGCGUUGUAUACUUCAUAAACAGCUUCAGAAACUCUUUGCCGUCAUCCUUGGUUGCCUGUCAGCUGCUAUUCUUUUAGCCGAGGCUACUCUAUUGCCAAGUGGAGUUGAUUUGUCUCUUUUCUCUAUUCUCAUAAAUGCAUUAGGGAAGCAAGAGAUGCUUGUGCAGGUAGCUGCAUUGGUUCCUUUGAUGUACAUGUGCAUUGGCACAUACUAUUCCUUGUUCAAGAUUGGAAUGCUGAUGUUUUACUCAUUAACUCCAAGACAGACCAGCUCAGUCAGCUUGCUUAUGAUUUGCUCGAUGGUUGCACGGUAUGCACCUCCGAUUUCUUACAACUUCCUCAAUCUCAUCCGUCUUGGUGGGAAUGCGAAAACUGUCUUUGAAAAGAGAAUGGGAAACAUUGAUGAUGCUGUACCAUUUUUUGGGAGAGGGUUUAACAAAAUCUAUCCGCUUAUUAUGGUUAUCUACACUCUUCUGGUGGCAAGCAAUUUCUUUGACCGAGUAAUUGACUUCUUCGGAAGCUGGAAGAGAUUCAGGUUUGAAAACGAGGUGGAAGAUAUGGAUGGAUUUGAUCCAUCGGGAAUAAUUAUCCUGCAGAAAGAAAGGUCUUGGCUUGAACAAGGGUGUAACAUUGGCGAACAUGUUGUCCCAUUGGCAAGAAAGUUGAACAAUACGAGUAUGGAUGUCGAGUCUGUUAGCUUGCCACUGGUAAGUCACUUUUCAUUGAAUUCUGCUAUGGAGAUUAAAGCAACUGCUAGUUUAUCCAAUGAUGGUGGAAUGGGGAGUCGAUCAAAACCCUCCAAAGAAGUGGGCCGGAAAUAUGGAAACAGCAGAGAGACCAUUGGAAACAAGUAUGCCACUAUAAGAGAACAGCAAGGCAGGUUUUCAUCUACUGCAGCUAUGGCAGCAAAAACCAAUGUCCCAUCGACUAAAGUUGCAUUGCUCGAUGCAAGCAACUCUCCAGACCGUUAUAAUUCUGGCAACGUGAUGGGCGGCCCAUCCUCCAGAUUAUCUGAGACAUGGGAAUCCAUGAAGACAGGUUUUCAGAAUUUCAAGGCCAGUGUUGGGGCCAAGAUAUUCUUCCCUUCACACCAGGUUCAAGAAACAAAAUUCACUUCACGUGUCUCCUCGUCCGAGUCCCUAGAUGGAAUAUUUCAGAGAUUAAAUCAGCACCCUAGAGACCAGAACAGGGGUUACAUUGAUGACGACGACGAUAUGAAUAUCAGGACUCUGGGGCCAACCAGAUAAUACCAGCUGUUCUGGAAAGGAGACAAAAUAGAUUGAAUUUGCUCUAAAGAUGGCCAACCAGAUAAUACCAGCUGUUCUGUAAAGGAGACAAAAACAGAUUGAAUUUGCUAUAAAGAUGCCGACUUGCAUUUUUGGACAGAAAAUUCGUAGCCCUUCAAUACGUGUCCCACAAAUACAUGGUUAAGAAAGAAAAUGCAUACCCAACCCCCCUUAACACGCACACAAACAAAAAGAAGAAGAAGAAGACCAAAAUUCAACAGCUCAGAUCUUCCAAUCUGGGAACUGUUGGUUCAUUGACCUUCGACAGUGGUUUGAUCCCAUCAUAUCAACAGCUUAGAUCAUUGAACGAUUGGCUACUUGUACAAACUGAAAACCCGAUUAUGGUACAGAAUAUCAGGCUGAGCAUUGUAUAAUACCUUGUACCAAAAUGAAUGUAUAUGAACAGCUGUAACAUGGCUGGAAUGUGAUCAAAUGUAGGGUACCUCCAGAGAGAUCUUGGUCCAUGAUGUUGAAUGAUAAUACUGAUGGAAAAUUCAUGAUUGUUAAAUUGGGCAAUUAGACAUUAAAACCCAUGGUUUGAAAAGGGGGGAAAAAA